GGACAGACAGGAUAGCCUAUCCUACUACGAGGGGGAGAGAAGGAUUUUGUAGGAGGGGCCUAAACGGUAAUCUCAAUAUAUUGGAAGCUCGAGCCGGUGGCUGGAAGAAUUUGUCUUUUAUCUUGAAAUUAAGCAGCAGCGGCUGUAACCAUCCAUCUCUGGCACCUGGCAAUACACCUGCUGUUACCGUCAGCCCUCGCAACAGACCUCCGGCAUCACUAACGCUGUAAGGAUGAAGAUUGAGAACAGCCUGCCACGCCCCCAGCUCCCAGAGAGCCCUCCCCAGACGGGCCUCCAGUUCACAGUAGCAACGGAGGAAGACUUUGAUGAGAUCAUGGCGAUAAGCCAGGAUAUCUAUGGGGGGCUGGACUACCUGCCGACCCGCUACGCAGCCUGGCUGUCUGAGAGCAACCGCACUGUCAUACUGGCCCGGAAGCAGGGCAAAGUGAUCGCCCUGGAGUCGGUGUGUGUGAUCGACGACGGCGAAACCAUGUUGGUGGAAGGGUUACGUGUGGCCCCCCAGGAGAGGGGCAAGGGCGUGGCAGGGGUACUGUUACGGUUCUGUUCUCAGCUGGUCAAGACCAAGUGGCCUGAGGUGAAGGUGACCCGGCUGACCCGCGAUGACCAGCUAGGGCCCAAGGAUUUCCAGAAGUACCGCCUCAUCACCAAACAGGGCAUCCUGCUGGUUCGAUUUAAUGCCGAAGAUCUCAAGCUCCGGCUCUCAGAACUGGGUCUGCGUGUGACCCCCCCCCCCCCCCUCCGAGUCUACCUCCCAGGAUUCGGACACCCCACUGGUUCCUCCAGUCCUUCUGGACCUAAUGAGGUCCACCAGAUGUUCAUCAACUCUGGUCUGUUGUCUGAUGUGCUCCCAAACUCUACCAUCGUCCAGGACUGGCAGCCAUUCAAGCCCCUGCCCAGCAACAUGGCCAUCCUUCUGAAGAAGGACAUCGACUGGAUGGUGGAUGACCGCAAUGCCCCUGCUGUGGUCAGUCUGUGCACACACCCCUUCUGGGUUCCCGGAGGUCCCCACCGACUUGGCGACAACACGUAUUACCUUAACAUCGACAUGUUUGGCAAAGACAUCGACCUGGUGCUCCAACAGUUCCUGAGCCACCUGAGACGUCACACCACCUCCUUGAAGGGUUAUGUCAUGUGUCAGAUGUUUCUAGAUCCUCCCAUGUGGAAACCAAUGGCGGAAUUUUGUCGCCAGACGCUGAAGGUAGAGCUGGUGAAGGAAUACACAGAGCAGUGCGUUGUUGAGGCGGACGUUGUCUAGCUGAAAGAAGUUAAGGAGGAUGAGGGAGGAUGAAGAGGAAAGAAGAAGAUGUAAAGAAGAAACAAGAUGAAGUUGAAAAAUGAUGACACAUUUCCAGAGACCCAACGAAUUAACCAACUAACCGCAUUCUCUUAAGAAGAUUUAAUGGAAAAUGUAUCCAGUGAAUGGAAGGAUUGGCAACCACCUCUCUAAGCAAAUCCAUCGAGAAUUAUGCCCCAGAAGAUGCAUUAGAUUUGCAAUAUUUUUUUUUAACACUACCACUAACAUAAAUAUUUUUGGAAAAAGGCAGUUAGAUGCAAUAGUUUUUAAAAAAAUUUGUUCAAUUCGUUUCUCAAUUUUCUUUUUAUAUUUAGUCAUCGCAAAAAGCAAAAUUUUAAAUGCAAGCUAGCGUAGGGUAUCUCAUGCCUUUCAAUACUUCGUUUGUAAAUACAAAUUAUAAAUAUGUACACAUUCUGAAUUGCAAAUAAGUCUGCACAACUCUUGAGGCACUUUAUAAAACCAUAUGGGCUGUUGUGCUAAAGUGCAAGCAAUGACAUGGACAGAAGUCAGUGAAGUUAUAGAGAUAACUGAAGUUAUGCAUCACUACUAUAGAAGCGGUUGAACAUCUUUCUGGACCUAUUCUAACACCAAAUUCCAAAAUACUGUUGAACAAAACUUUUUGCCCUUCAGUGGAUCUUACAGAGAAUUUGCACACUCAACAUUCACUCAAAAUGGCUGUAACAGAACAGCUAUAAAAACUUAGCUUAUAAAACUAAAAACUGGCCAGUUUGCUUUUUAAAACAAUGUAGUUGUCGUUUCUUUUGUAACUCAGUGUUUUUGUCGUUAUGUUUUAAAGCGCUUCACCAUAUUGCUAAUUUAUUGUUACUUUUCCACAUGUACUUGAAUGCAUCACUAGUAUGUAAAGAGAUAAUAUAUUAAAAGCAGAAGCUUUCUGGAGGCUUUUUAAUAGCAACAUGCAAUCUAAGCUUACUCUUUAGUAGAUUGCUAACAAUGUGAAAAUGGUAGAUGUGUACAUUAUAACACAAAGACUAAUACAAUUGAACUAAUAUCAUUAAGAUGGACUUACCAUUAACAACACUGUUCAGUUAGAUAAAUAUUUUCACGGUAAAUGUUGCCAUCCGAAAUGUUAUCAGAUGACCUUUGUAAAGGUCAAAUCCAAGUCCCUCAAUGACAAAAAAAUCUACAGUCUCAGCCAUCUGACAUGCUGUGAAACACAGCCCUCUGAAACCAUUCUACAAAAUUUUGUAGCCACUUUAAGACGCUUGAUAUCCAUUCUACAAAGCUAAAUAGCCACCUUAAGAAGCUUCAUAAGCUUUGGCACAUGGUCAGAGCACAGCAAAGCAAAUGGGACUCCAGUUGUUUGCAAAGGAUUCAUAACCACUCCUCCAUGCUCCAUAGCCACUCUAAGAAGCUUUAUAAGCUUUUGGCUUUUUGCUCCUGAACGUUCCCUUUAAGAUGCAACACUUUUGACAUGAGAAAGCACUGAACUAGUCUUCAGUGCAACAGAAACAACUCAGACAGAAACUAUUUAAAACAACAAAAGAAAUAAAGCCAGCCACUAUGGAGUCUCCAACCUGCCCUUGUUGUAAAAGGGAACUUUUUGUAAGGUAUGAAAUGGACUGUGGAAGAAAAUGUCUUCUGAUUUGGUUUUGGUAGACUGACCCUUGUCUGGGAACCUUGUCAGUCAUCUCACUAUCUGUCUAUAUUUACGUGACUAACAGAUCAACACCCACAACCAUUAUGAAUUAAACAUUGGACUUGAUCAGUGGCAGUGAAGAAAUUUGAAUGAAUAAUGAAGCAAAUGCCAAAACAAUUUCCAUAUUCUUCAAAAGCAGAACAGAUACAACAAAACAAUACUUUUUCAAGGCUGAAGAUGAUUUUCUCAAUUCUCUGAGAAGCACUUCCUAUUUUCCUCACAGACUGAAGAAGCAAAGCUGGACAUGCCCCCCUUUUUGAUUCGGCAAAUCUCAAGAAAGAGGAAGAUGAGAUGUACGCAACCUGAAUCCAGUUCGGGAGAGAUGAAGACAAGCAGUACACAAGCAGUCCCUCACUCCAUCAUUUCCAUCUAUAAAGUCCCCAAGCCCACAUUUUCCCUAAACCCACAUGAACCCCCACCACCAAAUCAUUUUGCAGAAAUUCUCAAUGAUAUGGGAAGGCGGAGCCUCACAAACAAGUGUAAUCCCUCUCUCAAGUUUUCCCUUUCUAUGAAUUGAAUCAAGACCAAUUAAAAGCCAACCUUACCAUGUAGAUUAUCUACAACUCAAGGCUGGUCUAAAGUAAGGGGUCCUGUUCUACUGUUGUAUCCACACAGGCCAUCCAAUAUAUGUAAAUGGUCUUGGAGAGUCUGUAAAGAGUAUAUUUACAAAUAUUCAUGAAACUUAGGUAAAAUGUAACUGACCUAACAUGACAAAUACUUGGUGUAUUGAUCAUGAAAUGUACAUAGAAAGGUAAUUGAAGUGGGAGUUAAGGAGCAAAUCCGUCUUCCCGUUUAACAUGUGAAAAUGACCCUCCUUUCGCUCCAGUGCAGUCCACACUCAACAUCUUCGUCCGCCCGUCAGCACCACAGGCAAAUGCCACUGAGUUUCUAGUGUUCCUCCCUGGUCUGAGUAUCUCGCCAUUGUAAAAAACGGAUCUUUUCAGUUCUAAAAACCAUCCAAGCGUAAGUGAGAAGUGGGAUUGUGCUAUCUUAUAAUACCCCAGUGUGGUGGUAGUUCGGUGGCGGUGGUUGCGGACGUUGCAUGGACACGGACAGUGUGGCAUUGUAUGACUGCCAAUGUCCCCUGCAGAGUCCACCAACCCACUGGUCCAAAGGCUUUCCGAGACCAUAUGGCUAAAAUGGAUACCAGUAGAACGCAGGCCUGAUCAGGUUAUGACAGUUAGAGAGGAUUUAGGAUGGAGGGUACAAAUCUGGGUGCACACACCAUCUCUGAUAUGACGCACACACAGACACACACACACAACAGACACACACAACCAAAUCCACACAAAAUGAAAUUCAACCUUCCCCGCCCCUCCACCACCACGUCCCAUGCAAUAUAUAUCGCCUACCUGACCACGAUGUAACCCCCCCACAACAUUUUCAAAUCUAUGUUGUGUUUACCGGGACAAAGUUGUUGUUAUACAAAACUGCCCAACAAACCCAUCCAAAACAGACUAUCUAUACCCCUAGCCUCCAACUUCACUUGGACUGUACAAUAUGGUUCUAUGUUAAUGGUUGUCAGGUGAAUUUGUGGUUUUUCUGUGUCGUUGGCUUCAUCUAUACAUAUGCUAAUAUAUUUAACCUACAUCGAUUUAUGCACGAUAUUUCAGGGAAUUGUGAGAUUCAGUAGGUGUAUUUGGUCUGUGUACUUUGAUUGUUCUUAAGGGUCUGUGGAGGUGUGUUUUUCAGGGGAAGGUCAAAGGAGAACAUUUGGUUGAGAUCCAAAUCAAUUUGAUCGGCUUCAAAAUCCCUUUGUUGACCAUCAGACAAAUCCAAACUCAUUCCGGAACUAAAGUAAUUCUGAGCACUCUUAAAAGAUUUGGUAGCAGGUAAUCUAACAACUCUGACUUAUCCUUGUAUAAGUAGAAGUUAUCCACUGUUAUAAAACAUUAUAAAUUCUCCUUUGUCCCUCAGAGCACAAAAGCACAGCAAAGACAAUGAUUGGUGUUAAACCAACAGCCUUGGAAACACUGUAGACUUGGCUUGUCCUUAAGCACUGUUUAUAAGUAUGUGACAGACAACUUAACAUGAAAAUGCUACUGUAUGGAUAUGUUCUACGCUAACAGGAGGGUUUCGUCAAACCGAGACGUUGGUUUGACUUGUGUGAUUUUUUUUUUUUUUACACAAUGAGGUCACUGUUACGGCCACUGUGCUGCCAUUGAGACAGAUCUCGGUCUGCGGAUGGCAAAGUCACCACUUUGUUCAGGCAAUUCACUCGCUCUCUGCUGCUGUGAUAAUGCCGGGGAGGGCAGUGGGGCAGUGAAUGAAACAGGGGUCUGUUCGAAAUGAGAGAUUGAGGAUUUCAAAUUGAAUAGAUAGGAUGAACGGAAUACUCCAUAACUCAACAACUGGUGUGUUGUGAAGUGUUGCGUUGUGCUGUGAUCGUCAUCGAUGUUAAUCAGCCACCAUGGUGGGCUCAACCGGGGAAAUGUCUGCGGUUAAAUUCGCUUUCCUUUUUGACAUGAAUCUGAUUCGAUGAUGAAGUAGAUUGAUUGAACAUAGCAAUCAUGUUUCAAUGACAAUAUUUUAUAACACUCCGGUGACUGCUGGUUGCUGGUUAUCAUCUUGCCGUCCGUAUGUGUUCUCCGAUCAAGCAAAUUGUUCAUUUUGUCAGGACGUUUUACUUUCAUUAUGCUACAAGGAUUUAUUGUUAUCCAACCUGUGUUCUUCCACCUUGCCACAUUUCACCCUCAUAGUAGAAAACCUUCUCAAUACUUCUCAAAAAGUCUUAAAAUGUUUCACCCUGACAGUCAGGAAGCAGAAUAGGAUAUGGAUCAGCGAAGUGUUACUGUUGUUCGCAUUUUUUCUAAAAGACAGCAUGGAAGGUGUGAUGGGGAUUGGUUCAAACUCAGUGAAGAUGUUCAGUGUAAAACUCGUGUUGAUAAAAAUGUCUGACCAGCAACGUUAAGGCAUUUUAGCCAUGUCCUUUGUCACUGAUAGUCAGAGUUGGCUAAGACGUAAACUGACCACUACCAGUGUAGCUAUGCAUGCUAGGGUGGAAGGAGAAUGUAAAACAAACCCCUCAUCCUUUAUUUAGGAAAUGGCUUUUCGUUUUCUUUUCUUGGUCUGGUAGCAAAGACAGAUGGACAGAUGACAAGAUUGAGGGAGGUCAUGGAGCUCAGGGGGUUGGGGGAAAGGAGAGGUCAGGGAAGGAUGGAAUGUACUAUAUGGCUGUUGUGGAAGAGGAGAUGCGGGUGUAGUAACAGGAUUCUUUUUUCCCCUCUUAUAGCAUUACCACUCUGGUAAUUAAAGGCCGUAUGAGGCUGGCCCGGUCACUGAAGGAAGGGUAGAGGAGGUUUGUGGACUCUAUCUCAGGCAUCUUGAAACGUAGUGGUGUAGCCACCUUAUAACCACUUAGCAAAGCUCAAUUUCACUCUGUGUUAAAAAAAAACAUCAGAGACAAAUGAGGACGAGACAGGGAUACCAACAGAGAGUGAGAGGUGAUUGACAACACUGGAAGUGGCGUCCAAACUAUCUUUACCAAGUAGGAUUGUUAUGUGCCCAUACCACAUGUCCUCCAACGCUAUUUUUAGAAAGCUCCUCUCAUGCAUAUUUUAACUACGACACUGUUCCCAAAAGCUACCCUUCUUUAGGUUUUCACACCAACCGCAGUUGUCACUAAAUUGAUUCAGUUCAUCAACCAGUGAAUAGAAUCCAAUGGGUUAGAUUCGGUCUGGAAUUAAAGUCAACAGGCCAUGUGUUAGCCUCUGUCACUAGAGCAAUCACCAAGGAGUGAUGGCCUAGAUGUAUAUUUAUGUCAGCUUAUCAACCGUAUCAAGCUAAUCAUGACCCAAUCAUUAGAAUAGUCUUUGUCUCCACACAGGUCAGUGUCUCAACACUAGGAUUGUGACAGAUUGUAUUUCCGGGUCACCUGUCCUUUUGACCAGGUUCUAAUUUUGAUGCUACCAGUACUGCUGGAAAACCAGGAAGUCGACUUUAAAAACUGCUCCCUACAUGGUGUACUACUAGUAGAAGGAACGGCAGAGGGAGCAGGUCAUUUGGAACACACAGUCAGUGUCCUUUCAAAACAAAAAUACAUAAAUCUUAAUUUCCCAAGGGUAUAGGAGAACCAGGCACCCCCCCCCACACACACACACAGUUAAUAGAAUGACUCUGCACGAGCUGGAGUGGAAGACCAAUUGCCUGCUGAUAGUAGGAUACAUGAUACUCCACACACACACACUGUACGCACAUUUCCACGUGAACACACGCAGGAAUGCCAACUCCUCUUAACUGCUUACCCCAGGACAUUGAAGAGGCUACGGCACUUGUCGGCUAGAAUUUCACAUCGACUUUCUCUCUGUGCGCUUGUGCGUGAAUGUGCGCGCAUGUGUCUGUCAAUGUGUCGGAGUGUCCGGUUGCGCAGGGAUAGAAACAGAGACUCCUUUCAGCCAAACAGGGCAACGGUCAUUGUCCCAAACCACCUGAUCCCACGACUCAAUGGAAAGACUGGCUGCAGCGCAAAGGUUGCUCAAUUCCCUACGUAGUUCACUGCUGUUUGACCAGGACCUAUAAAGUUAUUAAGUAGUGCCGUACUAAUGAAUUAGGUCCUAUCUGAGACCAAGCAUCUGCUUCUAAAGCAGAAGGGAGAGAAGAGGGAAGGUUAUGAGAAGGGAAGGUUUACUGACGCCUGUCUCAAGCUUGUAUGCAGAUAAGAAAUGAGUUUUUCAGAUUGUUGAAGUGGGUUUUGGAGAGACAGACGGGCACCUUGCUGACAGUUUUUUUAUAGCUGCAACGGGCGGAUGUAAUCCCGAAGCUCUGGAAUCUGGAAGGGUGGAAUGUGAAACCCUCAGUGUAGAUUGUUCAAUGACAGCAUAAGAGUCAUUAAUGGGUUACUUACUACAUAACUUGGAUUCAGAAAGUGUUGCCUCGUAUAAAUGUUGUUAUCGGGUAGCCAGGAAUGCCAUAGUUGUAAACACACUAACAAACACACGUGUACCCUAAUCACAUACAUACUGUAGUGUCAAAUGUUUCAUAACCCUAUUUUUACAUAUGUUCUCAAUUCAUGAAAACGCCUUCCCAUAAUAUCUUGCCCUGUCCUUGGGAAAUAGCAAAAUAUUUUCCACCAUGUUUUUCAUCGUUUUUUUAUUUUUUAUUUUUUUAUUUUUUUUUCACUCAACCCUAAAAUGGUCUUAAGUCUGUGUUUAACUGAAUGUUCAAUUAAGACAAAUGUUACUGGAAGUCAAAGAAAGAAAUUCAGACUCAUUGUGUGUCAAAAAAAAUGUGGAACCUGGGAAAAGGAAUUAAGAACAAAAGCACGAAUGAUAGCCCAAUCGACUAGCAAAUAUAAAGUGUUUGUUCAUCAUAAAUUAAACCCACCAUCAAAACAAAUGUUUUGAAUUGACUGAAACCACAAGCCAAACUAAUUGUCUAGAAUCAAUCCUUCUUAAUUUCCUUUCUGGGGGAGGGUGAAAGAAAAAAAUAACUAUGAAACCUAAUAUGAAUUUGUAUAAUGUAAGUACUUGACAACAUUGCACCAUGCCAAUGCCUCUGUGAACGACUACUGUCUUUUGCAUUUAUGUGCGUUUAUCUGUUCUUGCUGUUGAUGAGAACUGCUGUAAGGAACAUGAGAGUGGGGGAGACCAUAGAACCAGAAAAACGGCCAACGUUACCCUUGAUUUGAAUGGGGGAUGGUCCGUUUCUGUAUUCUAACUCUAUGGGUGAAACGCAACUGGACAACCAUGCAUUUAGCCAGUGUUGUGAUAGCCAGCCGCGCUAAUCAUGCGUAUGUGCAUGUCAGGCAUAAUAUGGCCUUGCAUACUUUCAUGUGUAGAUUGGAAAUAGCUGAAAAUCCUAUCUAUCUGAAAGAAGUCCAAAUGGACUUCCAGAAGAAGAGAGGACAGCAAAUACUGCAACCGUGUACUGAAAGUGGUUCUAAAUGCAAUAUGCAUUUGAAGACUAAAACAAUCACUAAACCAGUUUCCAGUUGCGUUUCCACACUCAAGUUCUAGAAGAUUUUUUAAUGGUGUCGGGUGGGAGGGUGGAUUUCUGUGUAACACCAGACAUGGUCAUUCAGUGGGGUAUCAUUCAGUUCACUUGAAAGGUCUCAGAGCUUCCUGAUCAAAUGGUCCACAACAACAGUUAUCCCUCAGCUCUAGCAAAUCUUGAGUGACUAUACUCCAUUUCCCUAAUUCAUUCAUUUUUACAUCCAAAGAUGUAAAGAAAAAAAAUUAGUAUAUGAUAUAUUUUCCCCUUUUGGGAAGAUUAAGUCACCCAAACACUGAUGUUUUGGGUCAGUUAUAGUCAAUCCAAAGUCAACUCAGAGCUUGUCCAAGGCAACACAACACAGAAACCUUAUACUUGUUCAAAUCAGAAUCAGCUGUGAUUAUAUUACUGAGGUCAAAACACAUCUUAUGUGAAUUACAAUACUGUUGAAAAAUGAAAAUCAAUCAACAACAACAUAGUUCACGUAGCUGUAUAGAAAUGAACUGAUGGCAAUUACUCCUGUGCCUGAAAAAAAUACAGUCUCCUUCAUUAUAAAUAAUAAUAGAGGUUUCGAGAUUAGAUAUUUAUGGAGAUGCCUUUAAAGUAAACAGACAGCUUUUGUCAAAUAGAUGGCCAUUGUUGUUGAAGAUUUUUUUUCUUUUCAACAACAAGAAAAUAACUUAAAAAGGCUAAAAUACUUACACACAUUCUGCCUAGUUUCACUAUAGGUCCAACUAAAUGACCAAUGUCUGAAUUAACAUGGAUACAUGUUAUAUAGGCUUGGGUUAGAUGAAAAUGCCUGAACCUUCACCCCUGCUGGGAACCACCUAGUUCACAGGUGAAAGAGCAAAAGUUAAGGUUUCAGAGUUUUCAUUUAUCCCCCAUUUCCUUGAUAUGGUUGCAGCUGUUGAGUUCCGCCUAGAGUCUCACGAUUAUAUACAGACGCACAGAAUAGUUUGAAAUAUUGUACGUUGAAGCUUAUCACUUCUCACUUACUAAACAGUUCUAACAGGUUAUAACCGAUUGUCAGGUUAUAUGGAUCAUGCUAGUAUUACUGGAUCCUGCGAGACAGUAGAAAGGAUAUAUAGUCUCCUCACAUUGCAGUUUCAAGUCAUUUUAGUGAGAUCUUUUAUUGGGUUCACAGCUGUUCCUCUGUCGAGGGAGUACAUACAGUAAUCAUGCCAUUCAAAGGUAUGUUGAUUAUCUGAAAAAAAAAAUCAUUUUUCUUUUUUUGAUUAAUUUUAUUAGUCUUUUUAUACCCAAUUGUCCCUGCUUAUUCUCAAGCAGUGAUUUGGAGAGAAAAACUGAUUGAAAAAAACAUUGUUUUUUGUAUUUAUUAUUAUUAUUGAUUAUGAUUAUUGAUUAUGAUUAUUAUUAUUACGUUUUCAGAAGAGAAAAAUUGUGAGACAAUAAGAGAUGCAAAACUAUUUUAAAUACAAUAAUUUUUUUAAAAACCUUUACAAUCUACGAGAGGUCUAUUGGACGUGUUGUUUUUCUCCACCUCGGAUGCAAAAUGUGUGAAUGUUGAGGAGUGUUGAUGGGUUUGGCACAGAGAAAUGUGGCUAGGUUUACACUGAGCAAAAUUACUAAGUUCAAACACACUUAAAACAGCACUUGGAUAACUAUUUUAGAUACUAAAGAUACUACUUAAGAAAUAUAUUUUCUCUUUGUCUACGGCAGUAUUUUUCUGUAAUGACCAAAUGUUUGAGUUAAGCAUUUUCCCUUACAAUGCCAAGACUAGGCUGUGUAGUCGUUUUUUGGGGAGAGGGGAGGCUUAAGGAUGGGACACUUAGGCAGAAGUAAGAAUUGUUGAAUUACACACAAACAUUCACAAAAAUAUAUUUCAGUGUAAACCUAGCCAUAUACCGUUACGUACAUGGAAUACAAUUUUUUUUACACUGUAUAAUCUUAAAGUGAUGGCUACAAAAAGUUUAGUAGUAUUUACUGAUAACAGAAUUUCAUUUUUCAUUUUGCUUGCGUUUAUAGAGUAUUGUUGUAGAAGUGAGUAAUACUGUAAAAAAAACCUGUGUGCAUUUCAGAAUACUUCCAUUUAUCUCCAGUCUUUGGAUAAUAGUUUAACCAAGGAUGUUUUAACAUCUACAAACAUUUAAACUUUAUUACAUGUGUAAUGCAACAGUAGAUAUUGUGACGUAUUGUUAAUGGCAGGACAGCAGUAGAAACAUUGUGAAGUCAUUCUAACAUUGUGGUGAUAACAGUAAACAUAAGUCCAGGCUUUUAAUGUGUGUAAUAGUAUUUGGUAGUAUUUGAGUAGUAUUUCUGUAGUAGUAUUUUUUUCUUAUACAAUUAAGAAACAAUGAAAGACUAACAUGACAGAACUGCUAAAUGUUAGACAAUGAAACACAACACUACGGACUAUGACGCUUUCGGUAGUUCUUUGUCGACUGUUUCUUUAUGAGUUUUUUGUUGAUUCUUUUUUUUCCUCUCUCUCAACUCUCUGUUUUCGAUUUUUACCUUUGUUAGGUGUUGUUAGGUAAAAAAAAGAACAACUUUUAACAAGAAAAAUAACAAGUGCAUGCCAGAUUGUUAGGCUCUUUCUAUAUAUUAAAAGAGCUCACUUUUUGUGUUAGUUACAUACAUUUACGAGGACAAAAAAAAAAAAGAAAACAAGAACAAUAAAGGUGGGGUGGUGA